AAGUGGCCGCCGCCGGAUGUGCGGAGAGGGGGGCGGGGCCGAUCGAUGUUCUCGGGCUCCGACGCCCUGGCCUGCCCGCGCCUGCCCGGGAAAGGGGCGGACUCUGCUCCCGGGUGGGCUGGGGGAGUUGAACGAUGUGGAGCAGCGAUCGCUCAGCGGGUGCGGGGUCUGGCGGGGCGGUCGUGACGCUGGCCUUCACGAACGCUCGGGACUGCUUCCUCCACCUGCCGCGGCAACUCGUGGCCCAGCUGCACCUGCUGCAGAAUCAAGCUAUAGAAGUAACCUGGGAUCGCCAGCCUACCUACUUGAGCUGGGUGGAAGGCAGACAUUUUAAUGAUCAAGGUGAAAAUGUGGCUGAAAUUAAUAGACAAGUUGGUCAGAAACUUGGACUUUCCAGCGGGGAGCAGGUGUUUCUCAGGCCAUGUUCCCAUGUGGUGUCUUGCCAACAAGUUGAGGUGGAACCCCUCUCAGCAGAUGACUGGGAGAUCCUGGAGCUGCAUGCCAUUUCUCUUGAACAGCAUCUUCUGGAUCAAAUUCGAAUAGUUUUUCCUAAAGCUGUUGUUCCCAUCUGGGUUGACCAGCAGACUUACAUAUUUAUCCAAAUUGUUGCUCUGAUGCCAGCUGCCCCUUAUGGAAGACUAGAAACUAACACCGAGCUCCUCAUUCAGCCAAAGACACGCCAGGCCAAAGAGAACACAUUUCCAAAACCAGGCUAUGCACCCGGACAAUUUCAUAGUUAUGGACAAGAACAAAAAGAAGUGUCAAAAGAAUUGGAAACCAGGCAGCUUCUCAUGAACCCAGAGGCCGUUGCUGGGUCUAAUGAAGCAGACCCACGCGUUCCCAGUGACUCAGCGUGGAGACCAUACUGGUGGACUGUGCUAGGAAGCAUAUUUUCUUUCGGGCCUGACAACAAACAGGAGACAUCCUGGGGAUCACUGGAAAUCAGUGCUUUCAAAACCAUGCAGUCCCAGGCUGUUCCUCUAGAGGGCGUUUUCAGAGUAAGCCGGGUUCAGCCUCCUAGUGCGCAGGGCACGUCUGCUACCUCUGUGUUUCACAAACACGGCACCAUUCAUGUGUUUCCAUGGGACCAAGAGUAUUUUGAUGUGGAGCCCAGCUUUACUGUGACCUAUGGAAAACUGGUUAAGGUCUGUUCUCCAAAACAGCAGCAAGGCAAAACAAAGCAGAGUGCCCUGUCGCCUGAAAAAGAGAAGCACCGGUCGGAGUCGCCAGAUCAGAAGCAGAUUGGCUCAGACCACACUGAGGAAGCUGGCGAGGCCUGUGUGUUGAAGGUAGUCUGGAAUGGACUUGAGGAGUUGAAGAAUGCCACAAAGUUCACCAAAAGUCUAGAACCUCUCCACCUUGGGAAAGUCUGGAUCCCAGAUGACCUGAGAAAGAGACUAAAUAUAGAGCUGCAUGCAGUAGUCAGGAUAACUCCACUGGAAACCACGCCUAAGAUCCCAAGAUCUCUGAAAUUACAACCUAGAGAGAACUUACCUACAGAUGUGAGGGAAGAAGAUGUAAAAACCGUGUUCUCGUCAUGGCUACAGCAGUGUGCUACCACCAUGCUUCCUUUGGUAGUCUCAAAGGAAGAAUGUAUUAAGCUGGGAAUUAAAGAUGGGUUGAAAGAGUUCUCUCUGAGUAUAGUUCAUUCUCAGGAAAAAGAAAAGGAAAAAGGAAAGACUGUCUUUGUGUUGAGUGCCAUUCUGCUGCAGAAGAUCUCAGUACAAGUCCUUCUAGAGCCUAUGAUAAGAGAAGAAAACAGUGAGGAUAUUGACUUUCUUCUUCCCUUUUUAAAGCUGAACUCUCUGGGCGGAGUGAAUUCCUUAGGUAUAUCCGCCAUGGAGCACAUCACUCACAGCCUUCUGGGACGCCCUUUGUCUCGGCAGCUGAUGGCCCUCGUCGCAGGACUUAGGAACGGCGCUCUUUUGAUCACUGGAGGAAAGGGGAGUGGGAAGUCAACCUUAGCCAAAGCCAUCUGUAAGGAAGCCUGUGACGUACUAGAUGCCCAUGUGGAGACAGUCGACUGUAAAGCUUUACGAGGAAAAAGGCUAGAAAGCAUACAGAAAGCCCUGGAGCUGGCUUUCUCAGAGGCGGCCUGGAGGCAGCCAUCUGUCAUUCUGCUGGACGACCUGGACCUCAUUGCCGGCCCGCCCACUGCCCCAGGACAGGAGCACAGCCCUGAAGCCGUGCAGAGCCAGCGCCUCGCACAUGCUUUGAACGAUAUAAUCAAGGAGUUUGUUUCUAUGGGAAGUUUGAUUGCACUCAUCGCCACGAGCCAAUUCCAACAUUCCCUACAUCCUUCACUUGUUUCUGCUCAAGGAAUUCACACAUUUCAGUGUGUCCAGAACAUUCAACCUCCUAAUCAGGAACAAAGAUUUGAGAUUCUGUAUAACGUCGUGAAAAAUAAACUGGGCUGCGGUAUAAACAAGUCCCCUGACUUGGACCUGCAGUGGAUAGCUAAAGAAACCCAAGGGUUUGUGGCUAGAGACUUGACUGUCCUCGUGGACAGAGCCAUACACUCUCGCCUCUCUCGUCAGCACAUCUCCACCAGGGAAGAAUUGACUUUAACAACAUCAGACUUCCAAAAGGCUCUCCAUGGGUUUCUUCCUGCUUCUCUGAGAAAUGUCAACCUGCAUAAACCUAGAGACCUGGGCUGGGACAAGAUUGGUGGAUUACAUGACGUUCGGCAGAUACUCAUGGAUACUAUCCAGUUACCAGCCAAGUACCCGGAAUUGUUUGCAAAUUUGCCCAUACGACAGAGGACUGGAAUAUUGCUUUAUGGUCCCCCAGGGACAGGAAAAACGUUACUUGCUGGGGUGGUUGCAAGAGAGAGCGGAAUGAAUUUCAUUAGUGUCAAGGGACCAGAGUUACUCAGCAAAUAUAUUGGAGCAAGUGAACAAGCUGUUCGAGAUGUUUUCAUGAGAGCACAGGCUGCAAAGCCCUGCAUUCUUUUCUUUGAUGAGUUUGAAUCCAUUGCUCCUCGAAGAGGUCACGACAACACAGGGGUUACAGACCGAGUGGUUAACCAGCUGCUGACACAGUUAGAUGGAGUGGAAGGCUUGGAGGGUGUCUAUGUGCUGGCUGCUACUAGUCGCCCUGACUUGAUUGAUCCUGCCCUGUUGCGGCCUGGCCGACUGGAUAAAUGUGUAUACUGCCCUCCUCCAGACCAGGUGUCGCGUCUUGAGAUUCUGAAUGCCCUCAGUGACUCUCUACCCCUGGCAGAUGACGUGGACCUUCAGCACGUGGCGUCAGUAACCGAGUCCUUCACCGGAGCGGAUCUGAAAGCACUGCUGUAUAACGCGCAGCUAGAGGCCUUGCAGGGCAGGCUGCUGCCCGGAGGACUCCAUGAUGGAGGCUCCAGCUCUGACAGCGACCUAAGCCUGUCUUCAAUGGUCUUUCUUAACCACAGUAGUGGUUCCGACGACUCAGCUGGGGAUGGAGAAUGUGGCUUAGAUCAGUCCCUUGUUUCUCUUGAGAUGUCUGAGAUCCUUCCAGAUGAAUCAAAAUUCAACAUGUACCGGCUCUACUUUGGAAGCUCAUAUGAAUCAGAACUUGGAAAUGGAACCUCUUCUGACUUGAGCUCACAGUGUCCCUCCGCACCAAGCUCCAUGACUCAGGAUCUACCUGCACCUCCUGGAAAAGACCCAUCGUUUACACAGCAUCCCGUGUUCAGGACACCUUCCCAAGAAGGCUACCAAGACCUCACUCAGGAGCAGAGAGACCAGCUGAGGGCAGAGAUCAGCGUCAUCAAAGGCAGAUACCGGAGCCAAAGUGGAGAGGAUGAAUCCCUUAACCAGCCAGGACCAAUCAAAACCACCUUUGCUAUUAGCCAGGCACAUUUAAUGACUGCGCUUGCCCACACAAGACCAUCCAUUAGUGAAGAAGAAGGGAAGGAUUUUGCUGAGCUGUAUGAAAACUUUCAAAACCCAAAGAAGAGGAAAAACCAAAGUGGAGCAGUGUUCCGACCUGGACAGAGAGUAACUUUAGCAUAGAAUAUCCUUCUGACUUUUCUAGGAUGUGUGUGUGUGUGUGUUCUGAUGGUCUGUCCCCAAGUUGAUCCUAUA